GCGCGGGCGGCGGGCAGGGCGCCGGUGCCGCGGCUAUCGCGAGAGGGCGGCGCCGCGGGGCGGGGAGCGAGGGCGGCGGAGGGAUCGCGGAUCCAGAGCCCGGCGCGGCCGUAACGGCCCCUCGGUGUCCCGUCAUGGCGGGGGCCGGCGCCAGCAGCAGGGACAAGCGGGCCACGGCGGCGCGGCUGAAGGCGGCGCUGGGCGGCGAGAGCGGCGCGGCGGCGGCGGCGGAGCUGCGGGCGCUGCUGGAGCGGGUGCUGGCCCCGGCGGCGGGCCCUGGCGGUGGCGAGGCGGCGGGCGAGGCGCUGGAGUGGUGCCGUUGCCUGCUGUCGGGCGGGGAGCCCUGGGACAGCUUCGUGCAAGCCGUGCGGGCCUACGACCCCGCCACGCUAUGCGGCCUGGUUUGGACCGCCAACUUCGUGGCCUACCGGUGCCGGACGUGCGGGAUCUCGCCUUGCAUGAGCCUGUGCGCCGAGUGCUUCCACCAGGGCGAGCACGCCGGGCACGACUACAACAUGUUCCGGAGCCAGGCGGGGGGCGCCUGCGACUGCGGCGACAGCAACGUCAUGCGGGAGGCCGGGUUUUGUAAAAGACACCGGAUUAAAUCAAAUUCAAAUGUUCCAUGUGUUCCGAAAGACUUGUUGAUGAUGUCAGAAUUAGUUCUUCCACAGUUCAUCUUUAGUCUGAUUCAGCAUUUAAGAGAGGGAUAUAAUGAGCCUGCUCUUGAUCUGCCAUCAGAGAAAGACCUUCAUAAAAUUCUCCAGGUUUUGGAGCCUCAUGUUUCCUUCCUAGAAGACUUGACCAAAAUGGGAGGUGCAAUGAGAUCAGUUCUUACCCAGGUUUUAACUAGCCAACAGUUCUACAAAGAUCUUAGCUCUGGUGUUGGAGAGAAUGCAUGUGCAAAGAAAAGUCAUGAAAAGUACCUCAUUGCUUUGAAAGGCUCUGGGUUGGCAUUUCCUGAGGAUAAAAUUGCAUGUAAUAUGCAGGAACAAGGAGCUGGAACUAGCACGUUAUCUGUUCAAGGUUUGGCAGGUGGUACGGCAACAUCAGGCCAAGGGGAUUCUUCAGAUGAGGAGGACCAGGAUGGUAGCCAAGGUGUGGGAAAGCGCAAGAGGGUGAAACUAAGCAGCACCACCAAAGAUCAGUCUAUCAUGGAUGUUUUGAAGCAUAAAUGUUUUCUAGAAGAAUUAUUAUUUUGGACAAUAAAAUAUGAGUUUCCACAGAAGAUGGUGACUUUCUUACUCAACAUGCUACCAGAUCAAGAUUAUAAGAUUGCUUUUACAAAAACAUUUGUUCAGCAUUAUGCUUUUAUUAUGAAAACGCUGAAGAAAAGCCAUGAAUCAGACACCAUGUCUAAUAGAAUUGUGCAUAUCAGUGUUCAGUUGUUCAGCAAUGAAGAACUAGCACGCCAAGUAACAGAAGAAUGCCAACUGCUGGAUAUUAUGGUCACUGUUCUGUUGUACAUGAUGGAAAGUUGCCUUAUUAAAAGUGAAUUGCAAGAUGAAGAGAAUAGUUUACAUGUUGUGGUGAAUUGCGGGGAAGCACUACUGAAGAAUAAUACUUACUGGCCCCUAGUUAGUGAUUUUAUAAACAUACUUUCACACCAAAGUGUGGCAAAGAAAUUUUUGGAAGAUCAUGGUCUUUUGGUAACAUGGAUGAAUUUUGUAUCAUUUUUUCAAGGUAUGAAUUUAAAUAAACGGGAGUUAAAUGAGCACGUGGAGUUUGAAUCACAGACAUACUAUGCUGCCUUUGCUGCUGAGCUGGAAGCCUGUGCCCAGCCAAUGUGGGGUCUGCUGUCACACUGCAAAGUUAGGGAAACACAAGAAUACACACGCAAUGUUGUCAGAUACUGCCUUGAAGCACUUCAAGACUGGUUUGAUGCUAUCAACUUUGUAGAUGAGCCAGCACCUAACCAAGUUACUUUUCAUUUGCCACUGCACCGUUACUUUGCCAUGUUUUUAAGUAAGGCUGUUAAAUGCCAAGAACUAGAUCUGGACACUAUCCUGCCAGAUCAGGAGAUGCUGAUGAAACUAAUGAUUCACCCACUUCAGAUUCAGGCCAGUCUUUCUGAAAUUCACAGCAAUAUGUGGGUUAGAAAUGGUCUACAAAUUAAAGGACAGGCCAUGACUUACGUGCAGUCUCAUUUCUGCAAUUCAAUGAUUGAUCCUGACAUUUAUCUGCUGCAAGUCUGUGCCUCUAGACUGGACCCAGAUUAUUUUAUUUCAUCUGUUUUUGAAAGAUUUAAAGUGGUAGAUCUGUUAACGAUGGCUUCACAACAUCAAAAUACAGUUCUUGACUCAGAGCAUGAAAGGUCCAUGCUGGAAGGAGCCUUAACGUUUUUGGUCCUUUUGUUAAGUCUUCGUUUACAUUUAGGAAUGACAGAUGAUGAGAUCCUCAGAGCGGAGAUGGUAGCCCAACUGUGUAUGAAUGACAGGACACACAGUUCAUUAUUGGAUCUCAUUCCAGAAAACCCUAAUCCUAAAAGUGGUAUUAUUCCAGGAAGCUUAAGCUUUGAAUCAGUCCUGUCAGCAGUUGCUGACUUUAAAGCCCCUGUUUUUGAACCUGGAGGUUCCAUGCAACAAGGAAUGUACACACCUAAAGCUGAAGUUUGGGAUAAGGAAUUUGACCCUGUCAUGGUAAUACUUCGAACAGUUUACCGCAGAGAUGUGCAGUCUGCAAUGGACAGAUACACUGCAUUCUUAAAGCAGAGUGGCAAAUUCCCUGGAAACCCAUGGCCUCCUUACAAGAAGAGAACACCACUACACCCAAGUUACAGAGGUCUCAUAAAGCUUUUGCACUGUAAAACUCUGCACAUUGUGCUCUUCACACUUCUUUACAAGAUAUUAAUGGAUCAUCAGAACUUAUCAGAGCAUGUGCUUUGCAUGGUUUUAUAUUUGAUUGAGCUGGGGUUGGAAAAUUCUCCUGAACAAGAAUCAGAUGAAGAGGAAUCUGCAGGUGGACAAGAGCGUUGCCAUGAUAGUUGGUUUCCAGGUAGUAAUUUGGUUUCUAACAUGCGUCACUUCAUUAACUAUGUCCGAGUGAGAGUACCAGAAACUGCUCCUGAGGUGAAGAGAGAACCACCUGCAAGUACAAGUUCUGAUGGUUUAGCUUCAUCACAAAGUUCAAGGCGGAAGAGCCUCCAGAGAGAGAACUCAGGGACAGCUCAAGUGUUCAGUUUGGUCGCAGAACGGAGAAAGAAAUUUCAGGAGAUCAUCAAUCGGAACACCAGCGAGGCAAAUCAGGUGGUUCGGCCCAAAACAUCAAUGAAAUGGUCAGCACCUGGUGCAACUCCACAGUUAACCACAGCCAUUCUAGAAGUCAAGGAAAGCAUACUGUCUUUGCUGAUUAAAUUGCAUCACAAACUCUCAGGAAAACAAAACUCUUACUAUCCCCCAUGGCUGGAUGAUGUGGAUGUUUUAAUCCACCCGGAAAUUCCGAGAUACGCUCACGGAGAUGGAAUGACAGCAGUAGAAAGAAUUUUACUGAAAGCUGCUGUACAGAGCAGAUUGAAUAAACGUAUAAUUGAAGAGAUAUGCAGGAAGGUGACGCCUCCUGUACCACCAAAAAAGAUUAGUUCUGCAGAGAAGAAAACCUUGGAUAAAGAAGAAAGACGACAGAAGGCUAGAGAAAGGCAGCAGAAACUGUUGGCUGAAUUUGCCUCGAGGCAGAAAAGCUUCAUGGAAACUGCCAUGGAUGUUGAAUCACCAGAUGCUGACAUUGCCAUGGAGGUAGCUACAUCCGAACAGCAUGUUUCUGAGGCAAUAUAUGACUGUGUUAUUUGUGGACAAAGUGGCCCUUCUACUGAAGACAGACCUACAGGGCUAGUUGUACUAUUACAGGCAUCCUCAGUGUUGGGGCAGUGCCGCAACAGCAGCGAGCCGAGGAGACUCCCCACUACUGAAGAGGAGCAGAUCUACCCCUGGGAUACGUGUGCGGCGCUGCACGACGUGAGGCUGACAACGCUGCAGCGGUACUUCAAAGAUAGUUCCUGCCUACAAGCAGUGUCAAUAGGCUGGGAAGGAGGUGUUUAUGUACAAACCUGUGGUCACACUUUACACAUAGAUUGUCACAAAUCUUACAUGGAAUCCUUACGGAAUGACCAAGUCCUCCAGGGUUUUUCAGUGGACAAAGGAGAAUUUACCUGUCCCCUGUGUAGGCAGUUUGCCAACAGCGUUCUUCCUUGUUAUCCUGGAAACAACAUGGAAAGAAGCGUUUGGCAAAGUCACAGUAACAAGUGUAUGCAAGAUCUUGUGCAAGAGGUGGAAGACCUUCAAGAACAGCUGGGAACUUUCCCAGUAAGCAUCAGUUCUGAAACCAACCUCAGUAAAGAAAUGGAAUCUGUAAUGAAAGAUAUAAAAAGUACCACACAGAAGAAGUAUACAGAUUAUAGUAAGACUCCUGGAUCACCUGACAAUGAUUUCCUGUUUAUGUAUUCUGUAGCCAGAACAAACUUGGAACUUGAGCUGGUCCACCGAGGAGGAAAUUUGUGUUCAGGAGGUGCAAGCACAGCUGGGAAAAGAUCAUGUUUAAAUCAGCUGUUUCACGUGUUGGCCAUGCACAUGCGCCUCUACAGUAUAGACUCUGCAUACAAUCCCUGGAGGAAACUAACCCAGCCCUCGCAGGAUAAAAACUCAGAGCUGGUAAGUGAAGAACUGCCAGAAGUUCCUGUGCUUUACAGAGAUGUCUCAUCCCUUUUGCUUAUCCAGAUUUUAACCAUGCCUCAACCAUUGCACAGAGAACACUUCACCUGCAUUAUAAAAGUGCUGUUCACUUUAUUGUAUACUCAAGCCUUGGCAGCACUUUCUGUUAAAUGCAGUGCUGAAGAUAGGAUGGCGUGGAAAGAGUCAGGAGCUCUCAAAAAGAAUACAUCCAGUGGAGAAAAAUCUUGGGAGGUAUUGCUGGGUCAUGUGAUUAGUGAACUGUCUAAGGGGAAGAUAUAUGAAGAAGAAGAGACUGAAGAAUUACCAGUGGUAAAUCCGGAUUCUGUAGAGUGCUAUCUGCAGCAGUUCUGCCUGCCUUUCCUCAGGAUCACAAGCCUUCUUCAACACCAUCUCUUUGGAGGGGAUUUGCCUAGUUGUCAGGAAGAUGAAGAAUUCGCUGUUCUUGCAAGCUGCCUGGGUCUAUUACCAUCUUUUCAGUCAGCUCAUCAGUUCACCAGUGCCUCUUGUCUUGACUGGCCAGUGCCAGCAUUCGACAUGAUAUCACAGUGGUGCUCAGAACUGGCUUCAUUUGCAGGUAGACAUCCAGAUCAAGUAAAGGCUUUGCUUAUCCAGGAACCUAAGUGGGACUUGCCACGCCUCCUUCAGUUGCCUGAGAAUUACAAUACCAUUUUUCAGUAUUAUCACAGAAAAACUUGUUCUGUUUGUACCAAGGUUCCUAAAGAUCCUGCUGUUUGCUUAGUUUGUGGUACUUUUGUAUGCUUGAAAGGACUAUGCUGUAAACAACAGAGCUACUGUGAAUGUGUACUGCAUUCUCAAAACUGUGGAGCUGGGACAGGAAUAUUCCUUUUGAUUAACGCAUCUGUAAUCAUCAUCAUACGAGGCCAUCGUUUCUGCCUUUGGGGCUCUGUUUAUCUCGAUGCACAUGGUGAAGAAGACAGAGAUCUUAGGCGUGGUAAACCCCUGUACAUAUGCAAGGAAAGAUACAAAGUGCUUGAACAGCAGUGGGUGUCUCAUACUUUUGAUCAUAUCAAUAAAAGAUGGGGGCCACAUUAUAAUGGCUUGUAAAUCAUCGUCAUCAUCAUCUACACACCAUAUAACUGCUGUUACCAUGAAUGAAUGCAUCUUGACUGACAAUAGCUUUAACUGAAUGGGAGUUUAGCUCCUUGGCUCGGGGUGGAAGCGGGUAUGGGCAUAAAAGGGAAAUGGAACUUUGUCAACAUGUGUAAUCUGUGCAAAAUGAGCUGUUGUUGCUACAAAAGAAUGAUACAAUAAUUGAAAUUAAAUCGUCAAAAUGGUGUGAGCAA